AAAUCAGUAGCUCGCGGCCCCGUUCGCGGGUGAAACGUAGUAAGGGGAUGAAGACACUGAAAAUAAACCACGUUAUUUCUUUUGACCACACUGCAGAGUGCAUUUGCACUUUGCGUUGAUAAAUGUGGAUUAUGUGAAUUGAUUUAUUCUUCAUGCGUUGCCCAACAUACUUUUUCGUAAUCGCAAUGUUUUUCGCUACCUUUGGUGCUGUUGUAUUGGUGAUAAUGUCUAUACAAUCGCUUUGUGCAGCACAAACUCCUUGCUCGGACGGGCAACACUGUCCGCCACAUUGGCUUUGUUGCGAGGAAGGAUGUUGCGCGCCUGCCACCAUAAUACCUAGGCACACACCGGAGUCCUAUACAAGCAGUUGGUAUUGGCAAUGGCAAGUCCUCUUCAUCCUUGGAACGCUUGUGGGCAUCGUGGCUUGCUGUCUAUGGUGUAUAGUCUUCAAACGCACUCGCAUCUAUAUGUGCUCUAUGGCAUUCUGCGUGCAUCGCAACAACUCAGAGCGUGAUUCCGCCGGCUCGGUGUACCCCCCGCCGGGGUACAGCCGCUGCGGCUCUUUCCACCAGGCCCCACCGCCGUAUUCGGAAGUGACAUCAAAGCCAGACCUGUACCCUCUGGUUAUUACGUGCAACGAGGGCGAGGGGAAGUCCGGAGGAAAUUAUCUGAUGGUGCACUAUUUUAGAAACUAUGUUAUUCGGGCGCCAGGUUCUUUAUCUGCCACUAGCACAGCUGAAUCACUUAAUUCGAGUUAUAUGUGCAACGCAGUUAACGAGGCAAACACCAUGGUGCCGCCUCCCUACUCUUGCGCUAGCAGCUACAACGAGUGUAGUAUGGGCUGCGGGCGCACAGUGUUGAGGUCUCUUACUUCGCUCGCUGAACCACGGCGUCGAGAACCUACCAAUAAUGCUACUUUUAGGGAUAAUCUUAUCAAUUCUCCAGUGCAGCCAAUGGAUCCAUCUUAUGAUCUUGAACUAGAGCUCAUAGACUGCGAAAUGUAUUGUGAUGGCGGUUGCAAACCACGCUUAGGUGCUUCUCCGCCGCUGCGGCACACUCAUUCCAAUUCUGAAGAUACUGUUUUCGACCAUGAGGCUUACGGCUUGCGUCAUCUUUUCCCGUCACCUGAAGCGGGCGCCUGCGAAUCUCCUCCACAGCCUACAAGUCCAACACAGACUUCGAGGGAUUCGACUUUACGUAGACUAAGUGAAGACAGGCGCAUACGACGCCUCGAUAUAGCAAAGAAAUCAGCAAGGACGAGGAAAUCGAGCUUAUACAUGCCCCUGUCAGUUGGUUACACUGGAAGGAAUUCAAGAAUCUCACCCGGUACCAGGAUUUCUUCGCGAUCAGCCCCUGCAACACCUUGUGGCGCUCUCGUACCCAAUCUCCUGAAUUUCACCCAGAGAGUAUCGGCUUCACGACUCAGCUCACGUUCGUCUAGACUGGAAGAAGAAAAUGAUCCCCUCUUAGCAUCGGAUGUUGAAAAUCCUGGCACUGAACAUAAAUUUUAAUAGUCUGAGAUAAAUUUGUCCAACGGGCUUCAAUUAGUGUAACUUUGUGAUCUGUAUAAUGUCAUUUGUAAUACUAUAGUUGUAUGAAAUUUUGGCCUACUUCACGUAAGUUUAGUAAAAGAGAUCAAUUCGAUGUUGUGAUUGUAUAGGAUAUGCUCACAAUGCGUGUAUUCGCAAUCUAGAUAGUUCAAUGUUAAAAAAAUAUAUUGUAUGAGCUAUGAUACUUUUAUGUUUAAGAUGACGAGCUUGUUGGACCAUUGUUCACUUGCAUUUAAAUAUUGUAUAAUAAAGGAAAUACUUCAAUA